UUCUCACAAAUCAACCUUGACCAGUUCUUGUGUCAGCAAUCUAAAUUAAGAAAUAAUGGGACUUUUUCCUCAUUGAUCAGUCUUACUUCUCUUGGUUUCUUCUGUUAAUCAUCUGUUCUCCUUUGUCUAGAUUUCUUUCUCAGUCCCGCUGAGAGAGUGAGAGAGGUGCCAACUUUAGUGUGAGCAAUAACAAAAUUUCUUCCUUAUUCGCCAUGACCAUCACUAUGGUAACGUGCAGACUAACACAACCACUAAUAAAUAUUUCUUCUGUUAGCCCAAAAAUAAACGUUACCUCUCUUCCACGGCAGAAGGAGAAGGUUUUGCUCGUGAUGGGAACCACCGGCGCCGGCAAGUCCCGGCUCUCCAUCGACCUCGCCACCCAUUUUCCGGCGGAGAUCAUCAACUCCGAUAAAAUGCAAGUGUACGAAGGACUCGACAUAGUGACAAACAAGAUCGCCGAGGAAGAACAACGCGGUGUUCCUCACCAUUUACUAGGAACAGAGAAUCCCAACUCGGAAUUCACGGCGAACAAUUUCUGUGACAUGGCCUCGCUCGCCAUUGAGACAAUCAGGGAUCGUGGAAAGCUUCCGAUCAUCGUCGGAGGCUCAAAUUCGUUCCUGGAGGCUUUAAUCGACGACGACGACUAUAAAUUCCGAUCAAGGUACGAUUUCUGCUGCGUCUGGGUAGACGCGGGCUUACCAGAUCUUUAUUCGUACGUGGCACAACGGGUGGAUCAGAUGCUGGAGAAAGGAAUGGUGAAUGAAUUGAGGCCGUUUUAUAAUCCAAAAGGGGACUAUUCACGAGGGAUCAGGAAGGCAAUCGGAGUUCCAGAAUUCGAUAAAUAUUUUCGAAGGGAAGCAAGCGGGGACGAGGAGACGAGGCGGAGGCUGCUGGAAGAAGCGAUGAGGGAAAUGAAGAAGAACACGUGGAAAUUGGCGAGAAAACAGCUGGGGAAGAUCCAGAGGCUGUGGAGCGUGAAGAGAUGGAAGAUACAUCGCGUAGAUGCGACGUCGGUGUUCCGGAAGCGCGGGGAAGGAGAGGAGAAUGACGAGUGGAGGAAGGUGGUGGCGGAGCCAAGUGCGAAGAUCGUCGCCCAGUUUCUUCGCAACUCGACAAUGACGAAGAGUGGGGUGGCUGGGGGGCUGAGGUUGGCGUCCUGGGAGAGCGCCAUUGCUUCGUCGGCUCAACUUCAGUCUCUGGGUCGGUGCCCUGUCUGAUCAAUAAAAAAAAAAUUAAAAAUUUAAAAAUCACGCUCCAUGAGAAGCUUGACCGUGUUGCUCUAAAUUGUAUUAUUCAUAUAAAAAAAAAAAAGGUGAGUUAUUAUAAUAACCAAUAUGUGGUGAUAUUAAUAAGGAGAGAUUGGAUUAGCCGAUUAGGAAGGAAGGAAGGAGGGUGUCAGGUGUGGCCGUGUGGGUGUAUUAGGACUUGGGAAAGGGAGGAGAACAUGAAGGGAGGGAGGGUUGAUAAGAUGCGAGGAGCAAAACGGCGUCAUUUCCUAUCACGUGUUUUUAAGAAAGCCGUACAGCGAGAGGUGGAAAGGAUGCGAGGGGAUUAAACUCAAAAGUUAGAAGCGCAGAGAGAGAGAGAGAGAGAGAGAGAGAGAGAGAGUCACGCCGCUUUCCGUACACGAACCAGAAUGGGAUGCGCCGAUCGGGUCCCGUCCCAGUCCUAUUUCCCAAUCCUGGAUAAGCGCCCUUGGGACCACAUUCCCUCCUCCUUCAUUUUCUAAUCUUCUCUUUUCACCCAUUUUUUAAUGUUAAAAAAAAGUAUAUUAAAGUUUCACGUUAAAAAUUUAUUAUAAAAUUUAUUAACAAUUAAAUUAAAUGUUCUAUUAAUUGUCAAUACAUUUUAUAAUGAUUAAUUAUCAUUAUAAAAUUUAUUAAUAAUUAAAUUAGAUGUCUUUUUAGUUGUCAAUAUAUUUCGUAAUAAUUAAUUUUUUUAUGUAAAAUCUGAUUAUAUUUUUUUUUAGAAAAAUUAAUACUAAUAGAUUCAAUUGUGCCAUUUUCAAGUGUGCCUUUUCCAACAUGUUAACAUGUUAAUUUUUUUUUGGGUUUUCAAAUAUUCUACUUGCCAAAGAAAUAUGUAUAUAUUUUAAAAAAUUAGGGAUGUAUAUUUAAUUUGUUAUUUGCUUGAAAUGAGGUUGGGAUGUAUUUUGAGAAUAGAAGAGUGAUCUAUAUAUUUUUAAUAAAAUAAAAAAUAUUUGUAUUAGCUUGGAAAUAUCAAAAAAUUGCAUACCUCUAAUGAGAUUUUUGAGAUGUAGUGAAAUUCACCCCUUUAGUCAUGACUCUAAGCAGCUGGAGUUUUUAAAUAUGGAAUUUUGGUUUGGAAUUACUGAACAAUGUUGGAUGGAAAGCGGCUCUUGAGAAGGAUAUAAUUGAGUAAUUUGUCGUUUUGCUGUAGGCAUCGUAUUUUUUUCUUUGACCAACAGUGAGAUGUGAUUUCUUUUUCAAUUGAAAAAUGGUCCAAGCAGAGUAUAUAAUCCUUUUUUUUUUCCAAACAACGCAUAAAAAGCCUUAACUUUUUGUCUUGUUCCUCCCCGAUAAUGACAUUUAUUAAUUUAUCUUUCUUUUGA